AUGUCCACUUCUGCAGAAACUACAUUCGAAUCAGGAACUGUCACCGGAGAAGAAUCUGGGCCAGAAGUAUAUCCGAUUGUGCCAUCUGGUAGUCAUCCUCCUUCGACUUACGUGGAUGGUGGAACAAUUCUUAUUCCUCUAGCCCCGUCGCCAUCCGCAAGUCAACAUGUCCCAUCGGUCGGCGCCCCAUCGGCUCACGCGCCAUCUGUCCACACCCCAUCUAUUCAUGCACCAUCAGUCUUCGCACCAUCAGCCUUCGCACCAUCAGCCUACGCGCCAUCUGCUUAUGCACCAUCAGUCGCUGCAAGCCCCCCACGUGUUCCAGGAUCGGUGGUCAGCGGUCCUCGUCCACCUGGAUCUGUGUCUCGCGUCUCAAGCCCUCCAAGAAUCCCAUCUUACGUCAUCAGCCCUCCCCCAGUUGUCCCAUCUCAUCCUCACUCUUCUGCCCCCCAUUCGGUUGCGAGUCCUCAAGCUGGAGUUAUAGUCGUUCAACCCCCUAUUCCUGGAGAUGCUGAUAUAAUAAUUGUGCCCCCGGUUGAUAGUGAGGACGGAGCCAUAGUAGUUGCCCCCCCGGUACCAGACGAAAGUACAGAAGUGAUAGUCGUACCUCCUGCCACAAGCGAGUCCCCAAGCUCAGGAACAGAACCUGCAAUUGUCGAGAUUGUGCCCGAGGGAACUCAGGAAGACGCUGCUCCUCAGGUCAUCAGAGUUAGCUCACCUGUUGGAUCUCAACUUCCUGCACAAGUUAUUCGCGUUGGCUCCCCCACCGCGACCCAUGUCACAGAAGCUCCCCAAGUUAUCCGCAUUGGCUCGCCGGCAACGUCAUACGCUCACCAAGUGCCCCAAGUAAUUCGAAUCGGAACUCCCGCCGCGAACCAGCCCGAGCCCCAGAUCAUUCGCAUUGGAACUCCUGCUGCAAGCCAACCUGGACCUCAGGUCAUUCGAAUCGGUACCCCACGUGCCCAUCCUCCCCAACGCAUUCGUGUAACAUCGCCAACUCAACCCCAGGCUCAGGUCAUUCGCAUGAUGUCCCCUCCCCAGGUGCUGCGUCUUGGGUCACCCGAUUCCGCCUUCAAUCCACAGAUUCUCCGAGUGAGGUCACCACUCACUUCCAAAGGUCCCAAGGUCAUUCGACUGGGAUCAACCCAGCCUCAGGAGCGAGGAGAUAGCAGAGAUUCGAGUUUUGCGCGCGUUGAACAAGGGUCUAGGAGUCGCUCUCGUCACGGCCGUGACAAGAGCCGGUCUCGUGGUGAUCGCAGCCGUAGUCGAUCUCGCCCCAGGGGUGAACAGCACACUGUAGUUAUUCGCAUCGACGAUGGUAGACGCUCAAGCAAGAGUCGGGGCCGCGGAGAUAGUGGUCGCAGGUCGUCCAGUCGUAGGUCGGGAGAGCAUCGGCAAGAGGGUCCGGUCACCGUUAUUGUAAACGAUGGAACUUCUAAAAAGCACUCGAAAUCCUCAUCCAGCUCCAGUUCGACUUCGAGUUCUAGCUCUUCCCGCUCCAGUAGAAGAACACGCUCGCCGACCAUCAUUCGCAUUGAUCAGCCGUCUUCAUCAGAACAGCUGCAUACACCUGCGACCAGGGUAUACACUCCAGUUACUCCAUUGGAAGGUCCGCAGAUUAUUCGUAUUGAUGAUCCUAAUAUGAGUAUAGGCACACCUGGCCCAGAGGAGCCUCUGGUAAUCCGCGUUGGGUCUGAUUCUUCUCAUCGCGAGAGCACGACCUCCAGUUCCAGUUCCAGCUCUAGCUCCAGCUCAUCGACUUCGCGCAUAGACUCUCCUAGGAGGUCCGGACUUAUCGAGAUCACACCCCCAGUCCCUGGCGUAUCUGUUCCUGGAGCCCCUGCACCUACUGGUGCCGCGCCAAGCGGUGAUACACCUGCCCAACCGACCCAACCACCCAUUGUACUACAGCCCCAUCCGGGUUAUGGUUAUGGUCAAGCCCCAGUUUAUCCGCCAGUGCCACCAUUCCCUCCACAACAGCCUUCGUCUGGCCAGUCUUCUGAUCAUCAUCAAGCGGGGCCGUACCCACAAGGACCAUAUCCACAAGGACCGUAUCCACAAGGACCGUAUCCCCCAGAGGGGUCUCAGUAUCCUGGAUCUCCUGCUCAUUACCCACCGCAACCCUACCCGGGUCCACCUCAGACCGGGUACCCGUACGGCGGCCCAUGGCAGCAACCUCCUCCUAUCAUCAUUCAACCCCCUGCUGUGAUAACAUCUCCGGUACCGGUCUCCUCCAGUGGUCAGACCCAGGGUAGCCAAAUGCAGCCACCGAUGAUUCACGUCAGCCCAAGUUCUCCCAGUUCUCAGGGGCCUCAAAUUAUCCACGUCGGCUCUCCUUCGCAGUCGAGCCAGGAGCCACAGAUUAUUCGCAUCGGCUCCCCUGGUCAUACAUUGGUAUCUGCUACCCCCGGCAUCGACCGAAUUGUUGUCGACCCGAGCACAUCGUCAUCAGGUCGUUCAGAACUCUUUCUUCAUGAUGGUCGGUCGCAUAUUAGUGGCUCUGUUGUCGGAACUCCACGCAUUGGGACCCCUCGCAUGCGUGUUCCUGAUACUCGGUCGUUGUCUCCACCAGUAUUAGUCGAUGCAUCUCGUCCUCAUUCCAGGGUCGGUACAGGCACGGAGCGUUACUACCCUUCUUCUAGUAGUCAAUCCGGUGCUCCAGGCAUUGUCUAUAUUGAGCCUCAUGAUGGUUCUGGUCGUCCUAUCCCGUACGCUCGUGUCGUUAGCCCUCGGUCUCCCUCUAGGCCACACUCUCCAGCUCAUAUCAUUCAUGUUGACGACGGUUCUGGUCGCCCUGUCCCAUAUGCUCGUGUUCGUAGCCCUCGUUCCCCUUCGGGUCGUUCUCCUUCAGGCCGUUCUCCAGAAGUCUACUAUGUAGAUCGCCAUGGGCGCCGGCAUCGUGAUGAUGGACGAUCGCCACCACAUCUAGUUGAAGUUGUCCGGGACUCUCCGCGUCGUAGCGUGAGCUCGCCUGCGCCCAUCCACGUUCCUGGUGGGCGUAUUCAUUCACCCAGAUCUCAGUCUCAAUCCCCUCGUACUCCACACAUUGUCCACAUCCCAGCUCCCGAACAUAGUUCGCACUCGCACUCUCAUCGCUCGGGUUCACCCACACAAAUCAUCGUGGAGCAGCCUGUGUCUAGUCGUCCUCGUUCCAGCUCGUCUUCAGGUUCUCCUCGUAGCACGCGUAUUAUUCACGUUGAGAGUGAGCCAUCACGCCCCCAUUCAAGCCACACAAGCCCUCGUUCUAGUGGCACUCAUAUCACUCAAAUCGAAGGAUCUGGUCCAUCGCGCACACACACCACGCGCACACAUUCACCUACUCACAUCGAGGUCGUUCGUACUGGCACUCCUGAUCAAUCUAGCGUUCGUUCUCAGUCUCAGCCUGCUAGGGUCAUUCGUGUUGGCGAUUCGGGAACUCGCUCAGGCGGAAGCAGCUCUCCGCGCGACCAUACUAUCAUCGUUGACAGGGGCUCUCGUCGUACGCGCUCGCUUAGCGGAUCCGGAUCACAUAUUAUCAAAGUCGGUAGAUCUGAAGAUAGCCAUGGUAGUCACAGGCCAAGAAUUAUUGAGGUCGAUCGAUCUGAUUCUCGUGACCGAUCGCCUGGACGUAUCAUCAGGGUAGACCGGGGCGGGUCCUCACGUACUGACUCGCCAACGCACAUAAUCCAGAUUGGCACUCCGUCUGGCACGACCGAUUCUCCUCAGCAGAUUAUCGCGGACGACCCAUAUGCGCGAGGAAGAUCCGGUUCCCAACCCCAAGUCAUUCGCGUACAUGACCCCAGCGAAACACACUCAUACUCACCUACGAGGAUUGUUGUUGACAAUGGUCAUAAUGCACGCGCUCGUUCUCCAGAGCGCUAUCCUCGUGAAAUCCAUGUAGUAGGAUCGGGUUCUCGACCUCGUACGCCUUCGCGCUCCCCGACCAGGAUUGUGUACGAGCCCAGUCGCUAUGGUAGUCGACCUCCGUCCCGUGUUCAAACACCGCUCACUGGCUCUCGUUCGCCUACGAGAAUCAUUCGUGUUGGCUCGCCUGAUCGGUAUGGGCCUGGGAGCGCUUAUGGUGAUUCACAAUAUCCUGGGUCACAUAUCGGUGGUCGCCCAACCGUCAUUCGGGUGGGUUCUGCUGGCCCUACCUACCAAGGGCCCGACGUGGUUCGCGUUACUUCUCCAAGAGCACAUGAAUAUCCUCAAGUCGUUCGAAUGGGUGGCACCCCAUCCCAGGCCCCAACUCCUCAAGUCAUCCGAGUGACCACUCCCCAGACUCAAAUGCCCAAUAUCAUCCGACUCGGCUCUCCCAAAACAGAAGAACCCCCUCGCAUCAUACGUGUCGGUGUCCCCCGAACCAGCCUUCCAUCAUACCUUCCGACUGAGGACAAAGGUCGACCGGGUCAACCGGGUCAGCCAGAUCAGACGAGCCAGCCUGACCAGACGGGUCAACCACAACAGAGGCAUUUGUCACAUAUCACCGAAGAAUCAUCAGCAUCGGGUGACUCAGAGAUCCCUCCAGUUAUUGAGAUACCUGAAGACCAGCAACAACGUCGACCAGUUCAACGCAACGCCGAUGGGCGGACAGAGCCACAUGCUCCGCAGGUUAUUCGAGUUGGGCCUGGUUCGAGUACGAUGGGUCCAGAAGUCCCAUAUCAACAGAUUCGCGUUACCACUCCUGGACCCAUCGAGUACCCACCACCUCAUGUCGUCCGCGUCGGCACCGCGUCACCAGAGACCCAUUACCCACAUAUCGUACGCGUUGGUUCGACUAAACCUGCUCCACAGCCCGAGGCACCUCCAACUAUCGUCCGUGUUCCAACGGCACAAGGGAAACCCGAGUACCAGCCACACGUCAUCCGGGUUGCAUCUCCUCCUUCGGUCAUCGUCCCUUCGUCUCCUCAUAGAGUCAGGCUCGGUACACCUGCUUUUACUCAAACCGACGAACCUCCCCAGUGGAUUCGUGUCACCUCGCCUCCGCGCCAAAUAGUUGACCCCGCCCCCCAGGUCGCAUACUUGAAGCCGGCUCCCAAAGAUCCCGUUGGUCCUCAGAUCAUUCGCGUCGCGACUGCUCAGAUUCCUCCUACGCCAGCUCCUGCUCAAGUUUUCCGUGUCGGGACCCCUGGGUAUCCUGAAGCGCCUCAAAUUGUUCGUGUGGGUACAGCCAAGCUACCACCAGAAGACAAGCUAGCGCAAAUCAUCCGUAUUGGGACCCCAUCCUAUCCAGAACCUCCCCAAACUCAAGUCAUUCGUGUUGGAGUUCAGCCAGCUAAGGAAACAGACCCUCAAGUUGUCCGCAUCGGCACGCCAGGCGGUGUACCUCCAACUCCUCAAGUUAUUCGCGUUGCUGCACCCUACAAGGAGGCGCCUCCACCAGUGGAAGUUGUUCACAUUGGCUCGCCAAGCACUACCGCUCCUCUCGAACCGCAGGUCAUCCGCGUUACUUCCCCUCAAGUUGUACAAGAGCCCACCCGAGUCGUUCGCGUGGGGUCUGCUGUUCCAAAAGAUGUUGGCCCCCAAGUUAUUCGCGUCAAGUCUCCUGAACGUCCUCCUGCGCCGACUGAGAUAAUCCGCGUCGGAAGUACGGCUCCCAGUACCUAUGAAGGCCCCCAGGUUAUACGGGUUGGCACCUCACACCCUGCUCCUGCUCAGCCAACACAGAUUAUCCGCACGGGUACUGUACCUCCAAGUGAUCCUCAGGUCAUCCGUGUUACAUCGCCCACUCAGCAAUACCCCCCGAGCGAAAUUAUUCGAGUCGGAAGUGCUGCACCUGUUAGUGAGGGUCCUCAGGUCAUUCGAGUCGGUGCUUCCCACCCGCCUGCGGAGCCAACUCAGAUCAUCCGUACUGGCACUGCACCACCUAGUGAGCCCCAGGUCAUCCGCGUUACCCAGCCUCCUGCCAAGACUGAGGUCAUUCGUCUUCCUGCUGAAUCCGUCCCUGGGAGUGAAGGCCCACAAGUCAUCCGCGUUACGUCGCCUCCCAUCAGAACCGAGAUUGUUCGCCUGCCUGCUGAGCCCGCCUCAGCAAACGAAGGUCCAAAAGUCAUUCGUGUUACUUCAACCCCAGCAAAGACCGAAGUCGUUCGUCUUCCCGCCGAACCCGCAGGCGAGAGUCCGCAAGUCGUCCGUGUGACUUCCCCUCCUGUUAAGACGGAGGUUGUCCGCGUGGGUGGUAGCGCAAUACCCAGUGAGCCUCAAGUUAUUCGUGUCAAAUCCCCGGAACGUCAAACGGAAGUUAUUCGAGUUGGAGGUGGUGCUACAUCUAUCGAUGAAGGACCAAGGAUUAUUCGAGUCGCAUCCCCGCCUCGUCAGAAGCCGGAUGUCCUUCGCAUUGGAGAUCCCACGCAUGCUUCUACUGCAGAGGGCCCUCAAGUGAUUCGUGUCAUAUCUCCUGCACAUGAUUCGGAUGCACCUGAUAUUAUUCGUUUGGGUGACAGAGUUGCUGGCGAAGGUCCUCAAGUUAUCCGCGUCGGUACCCCCUCUGAAGCCUCCACUCAGCCCCAGAUCAUUCGUGUCGGCGGUGAUCCCUCAGAAGUUGGCUCACGAAUUAUUCGGGUGACUAGUCCUGGCCGUUCCUUGGAACCUGUCGAUUAUGAAUCCCAACUCGAUGGGUUUGAACCUCAUUCGCUGUCCGAAAUUAUCGAGGAAGGGACAGUUGUAUCAUCUCGCUCUGGUAGGAUCAACGAUUCUGAAAGCCGCCACCCGAGCAGGGUCAUUAGCGUUGCUCCAACUCUCCCUGAUACAGCCGAUCGUCAGACCGUAGUAACCGAACCAAGCAGUCACCAAGUUCCUCAGAGCGUGUAUGAGCAUUCGAUAAUUUAUGGCUCCGAGCCUAACGAGGAAGUGACUCCUAUCACACCCUCUGCGCCUUCAGAACGCAGUGUCGAGCAAAUCAUUCGUAUAGGCGCGCCUGAUGGAGUCGAGUACCACACGCAACCACAGAUCAUCCGAGUUGCCCAGCCCGACGACACCUCGUCUCCUCAAGUCAUUCGUGUUCGGUCUCCUGGACCUGCCUAUCCCCCUAUUGCUGUAGUCAACCCGCCAUCCUCGGAACCCCCUCAUGUCGUUCGCGUUGGAGGUUCUCGCGCCUCGAGCCCUCAAGUUAUACGAGUAGCUGUUCCCCGGCCCGAACCUACUCCAGUGCUUGAAACCCAGCCUCCCAAUGUUGUCCGCGUCGGAGAUGGUACCCAGCCAGCGUCACCACAGGUCAUUCGCGUGACAUCCCCUCGCCAGGAGGCUCCUCCAUCCUCGUCUACUUCGGUCUCUGCUCCUGAAGCUCCUCAGAUCAUUCGUCUUGGGUCAAGCCCUGCUCUUCAGGAAGGUCCUCACGUUGUCCGUGUGACGUCUCCUACGCCUGUCGUUGCUCCCACUCAGCCGGCUACUACAUCCUCUGACCCUCCGCACAUUGUCCGUAUCGGUGGUUCGGCCAUUCAGGAAGGUCCCCAGGUUAUUCGUGUUACAUCUCCUCAACCUUUAGCCGCCUCUGUUCAAAAUCCUGUUUCGGACCCUCAAGUUAUUCGUGUCGGAGCUUCGGUGCAGGAAGGUCCCCAGGUCAUUCGUGUCACAUCUCCACCGCAAGCUGUUAUUGCUCCUCAGCCCGUUUCGGAACCCCAAGUCGUCCGGGUCGGUGGCCCUGCUAAUCAAGAAGGACCUCAGGUUAUCCGCGUUACAUCUCUGCCACAGACCGUUGUUGCUCCUGCUCCUCAGCCCGUUCAGGAUGCCCAAGUGUUUCGUUUGGGUACCUCGGCUCUCCAAGAAGGCCCUCAGGUCAUUCGCGUUACUUCUCCACCUCAGCCAACCAUUGUUGCGCCCCUUCCAGCACCACCUUCUGAACCUCAGGUUAUUCGCAUUGGCUCCUCCAUACCUCCAGAUGGCCCUCAAGUUAUUCGUGUCACCUCUCCGGCUCCUCUUCAAGCUCCCCCUGUGCCUGUACCAGAUCCCGUCCCAGCACCUGUGAUUGCACCCGUUGUAGCUCCUCCCAGUUCUGAGCCUCCGCACGUUAUUCGGGUCGGUGCUUCUGCUUCUCAAGAAGGCCCCCAGGUUAUUCGUGUUACUUCCCCUCAACCUGUCGUUGCUCCCGCUGCGCCUGUACCUGCUCCGCAAGUCAUUCGUGUAACAACUCCUCGAGUCGAACCUGUGACCCCUGUUGCGCCCAGCAUCGACCCAGCAUCAGCUCAGCCCACCGUUGUGAGAAUUGGCCCUUCGGAACCCGUUCAGCCUCAAGUAAUCCGUGUUACCUCUGUCAAGCCAGAGCCAGUACCAGCGCCAGUACCCUCUGAGCCACAUGUCAUCCGUAUUGGUUCGAGCUCGAGAGCUGAGGAGCGUCCGCAAAUUGUUCGCGUUACUUCUGCCACUCCCAAACCUCCCCAGAUCAUCCGUUUGGGCUCAGCAGCAGCACCCACCGAACCCCAAAUUGUCCGCGUUUCCUCUCAGCCGCCCCGUAUUAUUCGUGUCACCUCACCAAGUACGACUGCUCCCAGCGGAACUGCUCCCAGCGCCCCGUCAGAUGCUUCCCACAUCGUCAUCACGCAACCUCAGCUGGCUCGUCAACCAACUUCCAUCUUCCAGCCUGAUGGCUACACUCCGAUUCCUGGAAGGCGCAUCACACUUCCCGAUGAAAAUACCAGGCUCAGUUAUCCGCCCAGCGGACCCGGUACGGUCGUGUCACAGCACGGCAACACCACUAUCCCGGAGCUUCUGCCAUCGGAUUCGGCCAGUCAACACCCCGGCAACUAUGACAGUGGUCCAACUCCUGUUCUUGUAGUCCCUGGCCGCAGCAUUGCUGGAGGUAGCACACAUAGUAGACGCUCUGAUUCAAUCUUUCUGCCUCCUGGCAGCAUCCGUCGUCACCCCUCUGUUGUACAUACACCCAAAUCCGUCGUCUCGACCCAGUCAAGUCGCUCAUCUGUUCUCGAGCUUGAGCGUCAAGCCCAACGCCAAGCAGAAGAUGAGGCCCGUCGACGUCGGAUCCAGGACGAAGACGAGGAGCGUCGACGACGUGUCAUUGCUGAGGACGAGGAGCGCUAUCGUCGCAUCCAAGCGGAAGACGAAGAACGCCUACAGCGGUUCCAAGCUGCAGAGGAUGAACGCCGGCGUGUAUUUGAGCGUAGCGAAGAGGCCCGUAGGCGUGCGAUCGAAGCCGCCGAGCGUGCAGAGACAGCUAGACAACAAGAAUUCGAGGCCAACGAACGUGAGAGGCAGAGACUUUUCGACGAGUUGGAACGAGAGCGUGCCCGUCAUGCUGAGGAUCGCCGCCGACAAGUCUUUGAUAUUACCGAAUCUAUCCGUCGUGAAGUUACUGAACGUGGACAAGCUGAACGUGCAAGACAAGAUGAUGCAUUCGGUCGAGAUGUUACUCAGGCGAUUCGUGAAGCCAUCGCAUCGACUGAGGCUGAUCGUACUGCAUUUAUGCAGGCCAUAGAAGAUGAACGCGCAGCUGCUGAAGACGAACGUGCUCGUUUACUUGAGAUUCGUGACAUUGACCGAGCGCAAGAGCUGGAAGACUAUCGUGCUAGGAUGCAGGGACUUGAGGAAGAACUCGCCGCUGCCCGCGAUGUGAUAGAACGAGAACGCCUCGAACGCGCAGCCUCCGAACAAGCACGCUUUGACCAACUCCGUGCCGAAGCCGAGGAACGCGAAGCUAUCAAUCGUGCUCAAUUAACUGAUAUUACAAACGCUUUGGAAGAACGACGAGAGGAAGCUGCCAGGUGGCGCGAAGCCGAUGAUCAACGCUGGGCUGAGAAGCAGGCUCGUCGUGGUGCGAAAGCGGAGCGCAUGGAGACACUCCACGAUUUGGUGAAUGGUAUCAUUGCAGAGCGCGAGGAAGAUCGUAGACGACAAGAAGAAGAGCGCAUUACCGCUGCUGCCAAGCCUGGCAUUGAGGCUGUCCUUGCCGCUAUGCAACAACAGAAUAAUGACAUUGCUUCAAUGAUGGCCUCGAUUGCAGACACUUUGCGCACUGACAUGGACCGGAAGCAUAUGGAGACCCUGGAGUCUGUACGAGCAACUGCUGCCGAACAAGUUCCUUUCAAUGUUCAGAGGUAUCUGGAUGACUUCUCCAAGGCGCUGUCCGAGGAAGUUCGCAUGCUGCUGAAGGAGGUCGGCAAGCUUCGCGAAGAAAAGAGAGCCCUGCAGCACGAAAUUGGAUGCUUGUUAACUUUGAAGUCCAAAUAUGGACCCGGUGGAGAAUUUGAGCCCGACUGGGCCCCGCCUGGAGCUACCUACUGUCCCACGGAAUGCCCAACGGUCCCUGUCGCUGUACCUGAGCCCGUCUCUAUCGUCGAGGAAGAACCCGCUCCUAAGCCUUCUGCAUGGCGCAACGUCCGCACCCGCAAAAAGAGCCAACGCGACCGUGAACGCGAUGACCCCCUACCCGCUCCUACCGCUGUCUACCCUACCGGCCCGCUCUCAUCUGCUGAAUACGUCCGCCCACCACCCACCGCUGCAUCUUGGCAAUCUUGGAGAGGCAAUGCUACCCAAGUCCCAUCACCAUCACCACCUGCAUUUGAAGACGAUGACCAUCCCGUUGUUCCCGUUCGCGAGCGAAGUCCUGAUCGAUUCGGCCCCACACCUGGACCCAGUGGUUUCUUCGGUCCUCGUCCAUCCGGUGGAGGUGGAGCUUAG